UUUAUGUGUUUAGUUUCGGUGUUGUGUGAAGGGAAUUGGGGUAGGUUAUUGUUUUCUCGUUAUUUUAAGGGGAGGAUGCGCAUGCUUGCUGUUUAUUGUUUUUCUUAAAAUUAGUUUAUUUACUAUCGUUUAAUGAGGUUUUUCAUGUAUCCAGAAACAAGUUGUAGCAUGUCCAAAACAUUCCAUGGAAUCCUUUUAGUGAAUUGCCUAAUUAAGAAAUCGGAUGAAGCUAACUGAUCGAUAUCAUCAUGUUGCUGCUCACAAAGUCUUUCAAUUUUGUACAAAUAAAAUAUAAAAUUAUUCUUGGUACCUAUUUAUGAAAACUGUUAGGGUUUACCACGAAAGAUUUGGAUAUGUCCAAAGGUGGAACAGUAUUACCGAGCUGUUCCCCUGUCCAGCUGUGGCGAGCUCACAUAUGCAAAGCUGUGAUUUUCUCAUUACUCAUGUUUUUAUUUUUGGAAUAUACCUGCAAUAUUCUUGUCUACCGACAUCCAAUAAACAAAAUAGUAGCUCCUGGAUUAGCAUGGAUUUCUCACUUGAACCAAAAAUUUGGUGACGACAGAGCAGCUUCUGUUUCAAAGAAUCACGAAUUACUUUUAGUUAAUACUAAUUCAACAACUGUAAAUAAUACUUCUGUGAAAAAACUGAUAGAAAAUAUUAAAUUGAAUAAAAAUGAAAGCUUUACAAUCUCUGCUAUAAAAAAUAGUACUACUAGUCAUUUGGAAACUAAGAAAGAAUGUCCAUUAGUGCCACCUAAUCUAGUUGGCCGUCUAAAAGUUCUGGCAAAUGCGCCAUCUUUUGACGAACUGGAGCAAAUGUUUUCUAAUUUAAAUCCUGGAGGACGUUUCCGACCAUCCAAUUGUAUAGCUAGAAGUAAAGUUGCCUUAGUUAUACCUUACAGAGACAGAGAAGAACAUCUUAGAAUAUUUCUUCACAACAUGCAUCCAAUUUUGCAGAGGCAGCAAUUAGAUUAUGGUAUUUAUGUAAUUGAAGAGGCUCCAGAUAUGAAAUUCAACCGAGCGAUGUUGAUGAAUAUCGGUUAUGUUGAAGCUUUGAAACAGUACGAUUAUGAUUGUUUCAUAUUUCAUGAUGUCGACUUAAUUCCUGAGGAUGAUAGAAAUUUGUAUAGUUGUCCUGAGCAACCAAGGCAUAUGUCUGUCGCAAUCAACACAAUGAAUUACAGAUUGCCAUACAAAGACAUAUUUGGUGGUGUAAGUGCCUUGACAAAAAAGCACAUGGAGAUAGUAAAUGGUUUUUCUAAUGAAUUUUGGGGAUGGGGUGGGGAAGAUGAUGAUAUGUCUAAUCGAGUACGGCAUCAUGGUUUGAAAAUAACUAGAUAUUCUCCUAAAAUAGCAAGAUAUACAAUGCUGAAACACAAGAAAGAUGACCCUAAUCCUGAUAGAUAUAAUAAACUUUAUAAAGGCAAAUAUCGAUUUAAGAAAGAUGGACUAAGUAAUUUAAAAUAUUCACGUUUAGACUUAGUUCUUAAAAAGCUGUAUACGUGGGUCUUAGUGGAAAUAGAACCAAUAAAAUAGUUGUUAUAUCAAUUCAUUGCAUUUUUACUCAAAGUUUUAUUCCUAUGGAUAAGGGGGAAAAGAAUGCUAUAAAAUCACUGGAUGCUCAAUAUUCUGAUUUACAGCUACUUCUGCUGUAUAAUCGUGCAAAGAAUCAUUGCAUGGAAGUUGAACUGGUUAUUUAAUUGUAUUAUUUUUAAAGUCAUUUCAAUUUAAUUGUGCAUAUGAUAAUUUCUUUUAUCAGAGCUUCGUUAAAGUUUCAUAUUGCUGGUUUGAUUUGUUUUUACUUUACCUUUUACAGAAUUCCUAUUAGCGAUUU